AGCUAAUCUAAUCCCCAAGUCAACAAAGAUCCCAAGAAGAAGAAGCCGAAAUUAAACAUGGUUACAUUUUCCACCAAAUCAAUCUCUCACAGCACUCAAAUUCAGCAAUGAGACUUGUUGAUGCAUCAUCGUUCAUUGACCCCUCUGCUGAAAAUUUUCCAUCUCCGGGACUGGCGGAACAAGCUCAACGGCCACCAUAUACUGCCUCUCCCUCUCCCACGAGGUGGUUGUUCAACCAUGGCGGUCUCACCUGGAACCCUAUUAGUGUUACGGAGAUGGGGACCGCCGAGAAUACUGCUUUGGUUGAAUAUUGGUGUACAGGAAAUGGAAAAAGUAUUGCCGGUGGUGCAUACAGAUGUUAAUCUUUUCUGGAAAUGUAAGUAUACUACCUUCAGUUCAAUAGAAGUUGAAGUAGGGAUUGAACAAAAAUCAGUUACUCAUCCACCAACAAGUGCUCAAUAUCGUGUAUACAGUGGCGCCGCGCUUCAUUUUUUUAAAAAGGAGUUCGGGGAUACUUCCAAUAGUGUCCAACUAAUUAUACCACUCUUCAAAUUGGCGUCGAUAGGAAACAUUGGGAGUCUUGUUGUAGAGUUAGAAAAGAGUGUCAACCUUGAGAGGCUUGCUGCAAAGUUAGCAAAGAGUCAUACUGUUUACAUUUUGCCAGUACUACUUGAAGCAAAAUGCAGGAUGAUGCAACUGAACUCACUAUGUGAAGGCCAUAUUCCCAAAUCUAGUGAAACAAAUGAAGGAAGAAAUAAUGUUGUUGAGUUAAAUAAUAGCAUUGAUGCCAAAGAUGGAAACACUAGUUCACACAAAACCCACACUAUCAGCAGGUGGGAGAAAGAUCAUGGAAUUACCCUCCACCUUCUUCAACAACUGUUUGGUAAGAGUCGCGAUACUGCUGCUAAAACUCUUGAAGUUAGCACAUCUACAUUGAAGCGAGCAUGUCGGAACUUUGGCAUCAAUAGAUGGCCAAAUCACAAGGGAAAAAGGCUCAGUUGCUCUCUCAAUCAAAAACAACAUUUACAAGCUGUUAAGAAACACAAAGGAAUUCAACCAUGUCCUGCUCUGCCUCCUCUACAACCGAAAAAUUCAAGGCAAUAUGACGAAGACGAGUGGAUUACCCUGACCUGUGAUUCGGAAUUGUUGCACGGUUUGGAUGUGUUGAGAUCAUGUGGCAAGACUGUAAUCAGAAUGAUGGUCACCCCCAAAUCUGAUUGA